AUGUCGCUCCAAAACGUGAUAAUCUUGGUUUCGUGUUUGUUAGCCUCAGCCACGGCUUUGCAGAAACUCACAGAGUUAUACAAAUGGUCUUCGUUAGAUUACACAUUUGCUAGUGAAGAACACAAAAAUUACGCUCUAGAACGAGGAGAAUUCGUGCCGGAAAACAAUUUACCAGUGGGAAUCGAAGUAUGGAAAAAUAAAUUGUUCGUUACUGUUCCAAGAUGGAGUAAUGGAGUUCCUUCUACGUUAAAUUACAUACCGUUGGAUGUGAGUUCGACUCAAUCCCCAAAAUUGACACCAUACCCAAAUUGGGCAUACAACAGAGAGGGUAACUGUGAUGGUUUGACAACAACAUACAGAGUAAAAGCAGACAGCUGUAACAGACUUUGGGUUUUGGAUUCUGGAACUGUUGGAAUUGGUAAUACAACAAAGCAAGUAUGUCCAUAUGCUAUCCAUGUGUUUGAUUUGACCACAGACAAAGUAUUAAGGAAAUACACUUUAAGACCAGAAGAUACUAAUGACCGAACAUUUAUUGCUAAUAUCGCCAUUGAUAUUGGAUCUAAAGGGUGCGAAGACACGUUUUUGUACGCAUCUGAUGAGCUUGGCUAUGGUUUAAUAUCUUACAGCUGGGAAUCAAACAAAUCGUGGAGACAUACACAUAGUUUCUUGAUGCCCGACCCAUUAGCAGGAGAUUAUAAUAUCGGAGGUAUCAACUUCCAAUGGGGAGAAGAAGGAAUAUUUGGUAUCACGUUGUCACCAAUAACUGAAAGUGGUUUCCGAUUAUUGUUCUUCCACCCACUAGCCAGCAACCGUGAGUUUGCCGUUUCUACAGAAAUUUUACGCGAUCCCAAACUCACCUCAGAAGAAAUAUAUCACGAUUUCGUUGUUUUGCCAUCCAGAGGACCUGGUGGUCACGUUACUGCACAUUACAUGCAUGACGAUGGAAUUCUUUUCUUCAAUUUAAUCGAUCGAAACGCUGUAGGUUGUUGGAAUUCUAGACUUCCUUAUGAACCUAAAAAUUUGGGAAUUAUAGACGUUGAUGACGAAGCUUUGAUCUUCCCCAGUGACGUCAAAGUAGAUUCGUUAAACAACGUUUGGGUUAUUUCUGAUAGAAUGCCCAAUCAUUUAUUGUCUAAACUUAACUUCAACGAUAUCAACUUCCGUAUUUUCUUCGCACCUCUUGAGGCGGCUUUGGCUGGUACAGUUUGUGCAGGCAGUAUUCCUUAUAUUCCACAGGAACAAUCAAAUUAUGUCACCUCUAAAGUUUAUUAA